AUGAAACCCGUACAGAUCACCACCAUCCUUCUGGCUCUCAGCCCGCUGGCUGCUGCAUGGCCGACAUGGCUCCCAGAUCUCGACUCACUGAUUGUGAGGCGGCAGGAUGAUGAUUCCUCAGCCAGUACGUCCCCUGACUUUGCCUUCACAAACAGUCAAGACUUGAACACUGACAGGAGCCUGGUAGCAACCGAGUCACCACAAGAAACAGCAACGCCCACUGCAAAGGCCACGACAACUGCCACCACGAAAGGCAAGAGUGAGCCCACCACUACAAAUCUGAACCAGGGAGGAAAGACGACAAGCAAGAGCGGCUCCGGGACGGGCACAAAGACCGCCAAGGCGACACACACCGAGUACGACGCACAAGACCCCGCCGGCUCCGUCGUCAUGAUCACACCCGCCGCGACGUCCGGCACGCAGCUGUACAAGAUUGGCGACUACGUGACGUGGGGGUGGAACUACACCAACGUGCAGGGCAACCCGACCGCCAUCGACGUGCUGGUGUCGUGCAGCAAGGCCACAAACACGUGGACCCUUACACAGAACAUGACGUUCGCCACCGAGGGCGCCUUCACCUGGGACACGGGCAGCUACCAACAAACCGCCGUGGCCAGCCCGCUGCUGACCGAGCAGUACACCCUGCUGAUCUACGACGCCGAGAGCAGCGUCAGCGCGACCGCCGAGGCCGGGUACCUGUCGCCGUUCUCGGGCUUCGUCUUCGGCCUGUACACCCCGCGGCCGUAUACCCCUCUAGCAGAGGGUUGGAAGUGUGCGACGUGCAGUGCUGCCCUGUCCGACAACGAGAAGCGGGCGCUGGGAUUCGCGUUCACGAUGGCGGCGAUUACAGUGGCUAGCUUCACAUGGUUCGUGACAGGACUGUGGUAA